AUGAGUGCCCAUAUCGCUUCCGUGGCAGAAGCACCUAACUUCAGAGGCCGCCAGGCCAAGGCCAACAAAGGUCAUAAGAUGCUCACAGCUGGCUUCCGGCGCCUCCGCACGCUCUCGGGAGUCUAUUAUGGCCGGUCGAGUUCCGACCUAAUUGAUCAAGAGCGGCCGCCAGUCCCAGCACUCAAUCGAGCUUCAUCCGAACAGAACCAAGUACCGUGGCCUGCUUCAUCUCCGGUGAUCCCUCCAUACUUAUCCUCAGCCGAGCGGGCCCCAGACUCCGGUCCACUUCCGCCGUCUCUAUCACAUUUGCGAGGCAUCUAUUUUGUACCCGAUGCCAAUCAAGAUCCAGAUCUUGAUCGGGAUUCAAGUACCAAUAAGAGCCGGCCUCAGUCCACCGAGAGUGGGACAUCUCUGGCAACACCGGCUUUGGAAGAUAUCAGUGACUGCAAUGCCUCCUUUGCUGUCAGCUGGUCCGAGCAACGUGAUGAAGACAGCUCAUCGAGUCCCAACUCUCUAUCAACCUUCGAGGAUAGCUCUACUGGUACCAAUGAUGUCUCAUCCGUCAUAGGUGGCGUAAUCAAGCUCAUUUGUCCCGCUAACAAGACCGCCCAACUUUCGCCCGGGGCCUGUCAGGCCGCAUACCCGCCGAUUGACUUGCAGUCGCCAUAUGCUCCGUACGCGCCAACCUCGCCCCUUUCGGCCACUAGUGUCCACAAUUCUAGUUCCUCUUCUCAGAAUCACACUACGAACGUCAGUACUUUCAACAUCCGAAUGGGCUUGCGUCCUUUACCCUCCAUUGUCACCAAACCACCGGCUAAAAACCAUGCGCAAUCACGUCAAGCCACUCAACAACAGCCUGGCAGCAGUCCAGCCAGUACACUGGAUAUUCAUCACGAGCAAUCUAUCUUUUCCACUCAAACACGUCUACCGAGUCCCUAUAACGAAAAGAGCUCGCCCAUCGUGAGCUCACCCAUCCAUGCGAGUGGCUCCGAUCAGUGUCAAACGCCGAAAAUCGAGGGCAGAGCUGGUCAUGGGGCGGAAGCAGCAACGCCAAGGUUUGGAGGUUUCAAGGAGAAGCUGGGAUUCUCCGGAAAACCAAAACACCGGUACAGUCGAAGCGCGUCGAUUGGACGCCCGGCCAACAACAUACCCUUUCCGUGUUCGACCCAUGACGACAGCGAAAUGGCGCCCAAGCAGAGACACGAACGCAACUGUUCCGAGGGUGCCAUGUCGAUGCUCCGCGGCAACCUCAACCAGAUUUGGGCCCUACCGAUACAGAGGAUCCGUACCUCCUCCUCCAUCAGCACCAUCAUUCGCGGGAUGAGGUCUGCCAAAAGUACCCUUCGCCGCUCGCCCUCCGAGACCUCUUUCGAAGCAAGACCUUUCAGCGUCCGCACAGAGUCUUUCUAUGAAAUCCUUGACCCAAGUGCUAUACCCCCCUGCGAUAGCCCUUUGAUACCCAAAUGA